AUGGGCAGACGCGCAAAAAACAAACAACCGCCUCCAGAACCUCUGAAACCAGUAAAAAAUGCUCCAUCAAAGUCGUCCAGCGAAUCCGCCCCACAAGGCAAAGCUAGGACAGCCAAUGCUCAGACGAGCGCAAAGCCAGCUGCCAAACGAAAGGCUAUGGAGAUGGAAGAGACUAGUUUUGAUGUGAAGCGACCGAUGAAAAAGUCGAAACAGGAUGUAAAAGCACCAGUGGCGAGCGGCAAAGCUGCAAAAGCACAAAAGGGUCAGCCAAUCAAGGACGAGUUGGAGAGCUCCGAAUCGGAAGAUGAGAGUGACGUCGAAGGAGAUAGUGAUGGUUGGGAAGGCGUCGCAGACGGUGCAGAUUUGGCAACCUCGAAAAAAUCACUCUUUCAAGGCAGUGACUCCGAGGAGGAAGAAGGUCUCAGUGCCCUUGAAGAAGAUGAGGAAAUGCUAGGAGACGACUUUAUACAAGGCCACAAGAUUCAAGAUUUGGAUCUCUCCGACUCGGAGCAGGACGAUGAAGGCUCCGAAGAAGGCAGUGAAGAAUCUGAAGAUGAGGACUCGGAUGCUCCUGUCACUGCCAAAAACAUGGAGAAGCGGUCAAAGGCAUUGGAAAGGCGAGCGCGACAAGAGGAACAAGAGGAAGUGGACGAGCAAGAAAUGCUACAGAAGCAAGCCGAAGAGGCUGAAGAUGCUAUGGAACUGGAUGAGGAAAUUGAUGGGUUUGUUUUGCCGUCUGCAGAGGAACGAGAGCAAGAGGCUCAGAGCGGUGGGGUGGACCUUGCCGUGGUACAGAAGCGGAUACGAGCUUGCACACGUAUUUUGAACCGAUUCACAAAACUUGCAGAGCCUGGCAGGUCGAGAUCGGAGUACGUCGCACAACUGAUUGCAGACAUUGCGUACAACUAUGGAUACAAUCAAUUCUUGGCUGAGCGACUGUUCCAACUCUUCACCGUUAACGAGGCUAUUGAAUUCUUUGAAGCCAAUGAAACCCCGCGUCCAGUUACGAUUCGGACCAACACCCUGCGGUGCAGAAGACGAGACCUUGCUCAGGCACUUAUUAAUCGAGGUGUUAACUUGGAGCCGAUAGGAAAGUGGUCCAAAGAGGGUCUUCAAGUGUUUGAGAGUUCUGUUCCUAUCGGUGCGACACCAGAGUAUCUCGCUGGACACUACAUGCUCCAAUCCGCCUCAUCCUUCCUCCCAGUCCUCGCUCUCGACCCCAAGCCAAACGAGCGGGUGCUCGAUAUGGCGUCUGCUCCGGGUGGCAAGACGACGUACAUCUCGGCGCUGAUGCAAAAUACGGGCCUUGUCUUCGCCAAUGAUGCCACCAAGGCGAGAACAAAGAGCCUAUCGGCCAACGUCCACCGUCUAGGCUGCAAAAACGUGAUCGUGUGCAACUAUGAUGGACGUGAAUUCCCAAAAGUCAUUGGGGGUUUUGACCGCGUCCUGCUGGAUGCGCCAUGCAGUGGAACGGGAGUCAUUAGCAAGGAUCCGAGUGUAAAGAUUAACAAGUCCGAGCGAGACUUUGUACUUCUCUCGCACCUCCAAAAGCAACUCAUCCUCUGCGCUAUCGACUCUGUAGAUCCGAAAACCGCGGCCAUUGUCGUCUACUCUACAUGCUCCAUCAUGCCAGAGGAAGACGAGGCAGUCGUAGCAUAUGCUCUCCGCAAGCGACCUCAUGUGAAGCUUGUGCCCACUGGACUCGAGUUUGGCAAAGAGGGCUUUACCAACUUCCGCGGCAAGCAAUUUGGCGAGAGUCUGAAACUCACCAGACGGUUCUAUCCACACGUGCACAACAUGGACGGUUUCUACGUUGCCAAAUUGCAUGUGGGCAAGCGGGUGAAGACAAAAGAAGGGGAAAGAAACGAGCCAGAGUUGACUGGUAUCAUCGACGAUGAAGGUGGACAAAAGGGUGCUAAAAAGAAGGGGUCUGCGCAGGACGAGAUCAAGUUUGACGACGAAGCUGAUCAGGCGUACAUUGAAGCAGCCAAGCGAAAGAGACUAAAACAAAAGGGCUCACAUGGAGCGACAUCGAAGAAAGUCGCCUUGUAG